UCAGCCUGCCGAGCGCCUCACGGUGCGAGCGCACCGAGUGGGAGGCGACAACCUGCACCGACAGCUACACACAGACUCCGUCACAGUUGUUGGCCGUUUGUUGUGGUCCGAAGAAGACAUCAAGGAGCAUCAAGACGGACAAAAAUGGAAAAUGAGGGCAGAAGAAAAAUGAAGGAGAAAUUUGGCCUGAGGCGGGACAUCUUUAAGGAGUUCCUGGCGGAAUUUCUGGGGAUAUUUGUCCUGAUACUCUUUGGAUGCGGUUCAGUGGCCCAGACGGUGCUGAGUAAAGGGGCGCUCGGGGAGCCGCUGACCAUCCAUGUUGGUUUUACUCUGGGAGUCAUGAUGGCCGUCUUCAUGGCAGGGGGAGUGUCAGGAGGCCAUGUAAACCCUGCAGUCUCUCUGGCCAUGGUUAUUCUGGGGAAGCUGCCACUCAAGAAGUUCCCCGUGUAUGUGGCAGCACAGUUCCUUGGGGCUUUUGCUGGAUCCUGUGCUGUUUUUGGUUUGUAUUAUGAUGCAUUGAUGGACUACACCAAAGGAGAAUUUGCAGUUACUGGUCCAAAUGCCACCGCCAACAUAUUCGCAUCUUAUCCUGCAGAGCAUCUCUCAGUCAUAAAUGGGUUCGUUGAUCAGGUAAUUGCAACUGGAGCACUGAUCCUGUGCAUCUUGGCAAUCACUGACAGGAAGAAUAUUGGUGCCCCGAAGGGCAUGGAGCCUCUGUGCGUUGGUCUGAUCAUCAUGGCUAUUGGAGUGUCCAUGGGCCUAAACUGUGGCUAUCCAAUAAAUCCGGCACGAGACCUCGGCCCACGGUUCUUCACAGCUGUGGCUGGGUGGGGCAUGGAAGUGUUCAGAGCUGGGGGCUGUUGGUGGUGGAUCCCUGUGGCAGGACCCAUGGUGGGUGGAGCGGUUGGAGCUGGGAUUUACUUUCUCUUCAUUGACUUGCACCAACCUGAGCCUCAAAAACAGGAGGACAACAAUGUCCAGGACAAAUAUGAAAUAAUUACUAUGAGUUAAAGUUUAGAAUAAUGUUAUAGGAGCAAAUAAAAUAGAAAAAGCCACAUUUUCAUGUAUGAAAGCAGUCAGGAACAUUUCUACAUUUAUAAACUGGAGAAAAUUUACAGUUUAAUACAAAGCAACAGAACCUGACUAAACUAUUUUCUGGUAUUUUAUUCAUAUAAACUCAUAGCUAUUUUAUGAAGAAUUUAAAGUCUCUUUUGUAG